GGAGACCUCCACUUCCGGGCGUCUGGCAGCUAUUUCCUUCCCCGCCGGGUCCGGCCCCUCGUGUUACUGAAGCGCCGUCGUGCCGAGCAGCCCCCUCCCGCCGCUGGGCAUGCGCCGUGGAACUGUUCUGGGGCAGGCCCGAGCCGGGGGGCGAUAGGCGCGCGGCGCCCAGGCGGUCUGCCCUCGGCUCUUUCCGCCCAGGCUCGGCUCUUUCCGCCGGCGCCGUUUCCGCCUCUGGCCGCUGCUGACAGCUUCGGAUCUUUCCGCCGCCUCGUCCCCCCUCGCCAGCUGCUCAUGUCGGAGGUGCUGGUGGCUGCCGCCGGCUCCUGCUUCGAGCCCCCCGCGGCUGGGGAGCCAGGAGGCCGCCGCUGCUCCGUGUCCGAGGGGGACGCGCAGGGCCGCCGCUCACCUCCUGUUCCGCCUUCUGAGACCCCAGAGAAUGAAGAUUCAACCCCAAAACCAGAAUCUGCAUCCCAGACAGUUGCCUCAUCAGUGUCCGAGGCCUCUCAGUGCAGGCCACAGAUUGGAUCACCUGUGAAUGUGCAUGCUGCAGAGGAUUCUAGAAAAGGUGAUGGUACGUCAGAAGACCAAGAUGUGGCCGGACAAGGAGAGAAGCUGGCUGACCAGAUUCAGCCCCCCAGGGAGGAGGCUGUAGUGCGGAUGACCAAGUACCGUGCCCCACAAGGACCAGGGGAUAUAGUCAUGAUACAGUCGGAACACACAGGUGCAGUGGAUGUCCUCUCUGCAGAGCUGGAGACUAUGGACCUCCUUGAUGAGCAGAGAAAAGCUCAGCCUCCUCCUCUGGCUCCACCCUCCACUUGGACCACUUGCAAGAUAAGGGAAUUCAAAGCCAAAAUGGGAAAGGAGAAGAAUGCUCAGAUGGUGGUGAAACGGGGUGAAGUAGUGACAGUCCGGGUGCCAACACACCCAAAUGGGAAGCGUGUUUGCUGGGAGUUUGCUACGGAUGAUUAUGACAUUGGCUUUGGGGUCUAUUUUGACUGGACUCCUGUCACCAGUACUGCCAUUACUGUGCAAGUCAGUGAAUCAAGUGAUGAGGAAGAUGAAGAGGAAGAAGAUGAGAUUGAAGGACUCACCCCAGUUGGAGAUGUGGAGAGGGGCUCUAAAAGCCGUCUACGAAACCGCUAUGGGGAGAUCAUGCCUGUGUACCGAAGGGACAGUCACCGGGAUGUGCAGGCAGGCACCCAUGACUAUCCGGGCGAGGGCAUCUACCUGCUCAAAUUUGACAACUCCUACUCCCUCCUGCGCAACAAGACUCUCUUCUUUCAUGUCUAUUACACCAGCUGAAGGAGUGGAGGGAGCGGAGACAGCAGGCAGGUAACACUGAGUAAAGCAGGCUGCCAGCCGGGACUGGCACCCCCUAACUGGCACUGCCCUAUGGCCAAGUGAGACACCUGACUCUCUGUUCUUAUCCACAGGAGAGCAGGGUUUCCCCCAUUCCCUCCUAGCUUACUCACAGGAAACGGUAGCUGUGACUGCUCAGUCGUCCAAAGGCAACUCCUCUCGCUCUAAAUUUCAGGAAGCCUGCUCUGUGCAGGCAUCAGGCUGGGACUUUUCAUUACAGCCAGUAAAUUCAGAGGGCAGAUUCAGGUGGCAGCAUUUCUUUCUGUUUCACUUGUAUGAACUGAAGCUGAAAUACUUUUUUUUUUUUUUUUUUUUUAAUAAAUUCUCAAACUCUCCUGCCACCUCUGGAUCACCAGGGGGUAACUGCCAAUCACACUUUGCUAGGAGGCAAAGCCACCUGUACCACAGGCACUCUCCAGCUGCAUCCUAGCUGCACUGCUGUGCUUCACACACUAGCCAUGCCUCCAGUAAUCUGAGUGGGGACUCAUCCCUCCAGCUACCUGAGUUGCAGCCUGCAUCCUCUGACCCCAUUGGUGGUGGUGUAGUUAUGUCACACGUGCCAGACCCAAUCAUGUGAAACCUUUAUUUUGGAGCCUUGCAGAGGUAAUCAUAGGAAGAUCUCCAUAGGGAAGGGAAAGUAGGUGUGGAUGGGGAGGUGGAUACAGAUCAUCCUGACAGUGGGGAUGUGUGAAACUCCUGUCACCAACAAAAGUUUCUCUUACCUGUGGGGAAAAUUGAGCUGCAGCCUCUUGUGUUACUGUAAAACUGUUAAUGAUCCCAGGUCAACACACUUUGAAUCUGAAAAAUAUGGGAUCAGCCUUUCCCUUAUAUACCUGCCUGGAGUUAGUGAGUCCCUGAAGUCAUUGCUAACUCCUAACCCAUUGAGGAAUGCAGCUCCCUGGCCCACCUCAGGGGUUAGCAAUGGCAUUAGUGGUCAGCCUCUGCUCAGCUCUUGGCAGGAAUAAGCAAGGAUCACAUUAAUCUGUCAACAGUUGGGUUUUAAAGGGUAUUUAUUUGUAACUCUUUAAGAUUUGAAAUGAGUAUUUAUUUGAUUUUUAUUCAAUAACAUUCUCAUUCAGUGUAGCUGCUGAAUUUGCUCUGUGGUGCAUCUGUUUGGAGUUAGUGGCUUUGUGCAUGAUGAUUCUGGUGAAGUUCCAGUCUGACACCCUCCAGAUAUUGCCCUUCUGUGCAGAUACAGCCCUCGUUGCAGAUGGCGUUAGUUUAUCAUGUAUAAAGUCAAAGUCUUCACCCUCCUAAGAAGCCCAGUAAUUCCCUGGUGAUUCCAUACCUCUUGAUUCAGGCCCUUCUUUUUAUCUGCUCUGCCUACUUAAGCACUCAGGAGGAAUGAGUAGGUCAGGGAGGUAAGAGCAGAGGAAGGUGUACAGUUGAGCAGCCCUUGCCAGUCUGCUGCUUCAACAGUAGUGGGUGGGGAGGGCAAGGCAGCAUAGGCUCAGGCACCAACAUGUGUUCUUGUUUUUCUUGGAGGAAGAGA